AUGCAAGACAGAGGCCAGGCGGCGGCGGCGGCCGCAGAUGAUGUUCUGGCGAGCGGGGAGCAAGCGCUGCAGGAGGCCAAGGCCGGUGCCCUGCCCGGCCCUCGGAAGCCAGGAGACGGUGUGGCGGCUGUACCGCGGAAAGAGCUUAACCACGUUCCAAGUGGUGGAGUUUCAGACGAACCUCUGGAGGUGGAGCAGCUGCUCCUGAAGCAGGGAGCCACCGGCUCCCGGGAGCGUCCAGCCCAUACCCACGGCGGCCUGGCAGGCGAAGGGAGACCCCAGAUGGGACAGGCAAGUGAUGGAUGGGGCGCGAUGAAUGGGGCAGAAGCCUCAGAUGAUGUCUGUAAGGACAGAAGCGAGGAGCAGCCGGGUCAGCCGGCUGAGAGUAGGGACUUGGACCACAGAGAGUGGGAAGUUCUUUCUGAGCACCUGGCCUGGGGGGAGGCUGGCAAGAAUGGCAGCGUGGAAGACUCCAGCAGCAAGGAAUGGGAAUACGGAGACUGCCCUGAUGGGGACCUGAAAGCAAAGAGAGUUGCGGCCGUGCCCCCCAUGUUUCAGAAUAUCCAUGUGACUUUCCGUGUGCACUACAUCACGCACUCUGAUGCUCAGCUGAUUGGUGUUACUGGUGACCAUGAGUGUCUCGGCCAGUGGCACAGCUACGUUCCCCUCAAGUAUGACAAGGAUGGCUUCUGGUCUGAAUCCAUUAGUCUGCCAGUAGACACCAAAGUAGAGUGGAAAUUUAUCUUGGUGGAGAAUGGGAAGGUCAGACGUUGGGAAGAAUGCAGUAACAGGACCCUAGUGAGUGAACAUGAAGAUCAAAUUGUUCAUCAGUGGUGGGGAUAUCAUUAAUGGGUUUUUGGAAGCUGCUUAUCUAAUGGCAAACCUGCUUAGAUUAAUCACAGAGCCCCUAAACUCUACCCCGACUUCAGUAGGAGACCUCAAGUGCAGAGGUCUGUAAAUCCUGUUAUCAAACCUGGUUAAACUGCCCGAGCAGCAGAUCUCAGCCAUCCCCAUCAGGAAAUCAUUUGUCAACCUGCAAAAUCAACCUCAAAUGCGUUCUGAAGAUGUGUGGGGUAGGCUGUGGAGGCGUGAGCAGUGUUCUGAGCAGCUGCCUGUCCAGGUGAAUCUGGACCCUGGGUUUGAGUUCGUGUCGCUUUGAGUGGGGCUGUGGGAUGCAUCUUUGUACCGACUGCUUAGGGCUUUUGAAGCGUACUAGGAAGUGUGGUUACCGACACUGUAAUAGGGACUUCAGUGUUUUAACUUCUGUCGUGUAUUGAAUAAAGAAUAAACACUUCCAGACUAUAUAGUCUGUUACAACUUGA